AUGGUGAGGGUUGUUCAUACACAUCAGCCUGAGAUCACUGUGGACUACGAAAACCUCCCUGAUGCUUCAGCUGGAGGUCUGGCCUCACACAGCCACUCUGGUCAACACAGUGAAGUGACUGCUGCAGCAUCAGGGAGGAAGCUGUACAUAUUUGUUGCUGUGAGCUUUGGACUCCUAUGUAUCCUACAAGCUGCUCUCAACAUUUCACUGCGUCUGGCUGUCUACAGUUCAGGUAGUAAGGCAAAGGGUAUUGAGGCCAGCUGCAAAAAUCUGACUGAAGAGACUGAUGAACUCAAAAGAAAACUGACUAACUUAGAUGGCUAUUUCCAAGACGGAUGGGUGUAUUUCCAAUCUAGUCUCUAUUACAUUUCGUCUAUCAAGAAAACCUGGCAAGAGAGUAGAGAAAACUGCCUUCACAGGGGUGCAGACCUGAUGAUUAUCAACAGCAGAGAAGAACAGGAUUUCACAAGAAAAUUUCUCAAGCCCAUGUGGAUCGGAUUGACUAAGAGAGAGACAAAAGAGAAAUGGAAGUGGGUGGAUGGGACUCAGCUGACCAAAAGCUACUGGGCCCCCGGGGAACCCAACGCAUAUGAAGGAAAAACUGAAGACUGUGUAGAAAUAAAGUUCCCAGACAAGGAAAACAACUGGAAUGAUGAAGCAUGUGACCAUCAAAACUUCUGGAUCUGUGAGAAGUUGGUGCUUCUGUAAACGCAUGUGGAAAUUCUCUUCGAAGUGAUGUGACAACCUAAUUGCAACACAGACCCAUUUCCUUAUUUUACAAACUUGCCUUAAUGCUUGCCGGAAUUCACUGCCUUGUUUGUACAGUUAUAUGACUCAAAGUUCAAAGCACAAGCCAGAAUAAAAUGAAUUGUGAAUUUUGAAGGAAAUAACAACUAUUGGACUCGAUGUACAUUGUGAAAACUACCUCCUACACUACACUACAACAAAACAUACUAAAGUCAAUCAAAAAUUUGUCAAAAAUUGUCAUAAUGCACACAUAAAUUGUUUCUUACCCCUGAAUUAUUUAAAACAUUCUAAUACAAUGC